AUGACCUUUCCUAAUAAGCCCCGGGGUACUCAGGAUAUUUAUCCUCCUCGCUCCCUAAUUUACCAAAAAAUUCAACAAAUAGUUACUGAAAUAUUACGUAAAAAUAAUUACCGACCAAUAAUUUUUCCUACUUUUGAGGCCAAAGAAUUGUUCACUAAUUCUUUAGGUUCUACUACUGAUAUUAUUCACAAGGAAAUGUAUACUUUUUUGGACAAAAAGGGGCGAGAAUUAGCUCUGCGGCCAGAGGGAACUGCCAGCACAGCACGUUUAGUCCGUGAAAAUAUUUUAAUUAAAGAAAGUUACCCCUCGAAGUUUUAUUAUUGGGCUAAUAUGUUCCGUUAUGAACGUCCCCAAAAAGGAAGAUAUCGGGAAUUUUGGCAGUUAGGGGUGGAACUAGUUAAUGCUAAGGGAGCCAUUGCUGACUUUCAAAUAUUAAAAUUAGUUUCUGAUAUCUUGAAAGGUUUAGGAAUUAAAGAGUUUCUUUUCAAAUUAAAUUAUCUGGGAGACAGCCAAGCGAAGAAGAAAUAUAAAAAUGAACUAGAAAAUUUUGUUGGAAAAAUUAGCAAAUCCUUGUGUAAUAAUUGCCAAAGAAGAUAUAAAACUAAUCCAUUGAGAAUACUUGACUGCCUGUUAUGUAAAGAAGAAUAUCUAUUUCCUCCUUAUAAGAAUGUUUGGAAUGAGAAAGAUAAUAGUUAUGUGAAAGGAGUUAAUCAGUUUCUUGACAAAUUUAACCUACCUUAUGAAUAUGAUUAUUGCCUAGUACGUGGACUAGAUUAUUAUACAGGCUUAGUUUUUGAAGUGGAUUUAGGAACUGAAAAAUCAUUACUAGGUGGCGGUCGUUAUGACAAACUUUAUAAAGAGAUAGGAAAUGCCGAUUUACCAGCAAUCGGCUUUGCAAUAGGAGUUGAAAGGUUAGUAGAUUAUUUGGAAAAAAAAGAUUUAGUGAAAAUCGACAAUAAGGUUGACGUUUUCUUUUUGACGAGUGUUUUUGACACUUAUGCUUAUUGA